CUCUUUACCACGUGACCCGGAACUGAACUCAAUUCCACAGCAGUUUUUAGAAACCAGUUGUAAACAGUCUGAAAACGCACUCGUGUUUUUAUCUGUUCUUUAGACUUCGACAGCUCAUGCAAGCAGUUAAAAAUAUAUAUUUAUUUGGAUACAAAUCGGUGCUUGAUGUCAUUUCAGUAGUCAGACUGCAGGUGAAGUGAGUGGACUAUGCUCAGCUCGGACCACAUCAGCAGAUAAACAGAAACCUAGCGUCAAUGCAAGAGAAAUAGAAAAACAAAACGACUUUUAUUCAAUUUCACAGAUUUAUCUAUCGCCUGGUCCAGUGGUAUAAUCUGGGUGGGACAGCUAAGAGCGUCUCUGAGCCUUGGGGAAAAUCCUGUACCAUAAAACUACCAGGUUAACUGUAGGCCUCAGGCUUUGCUUAUGGAAAUCCAAGUAGCACAUCUGCCCUCUGAGUCUGAAGAGUGUCAGAAACGCUUUCAGGCUUCUGUGGAUGUCAUCCAAAACCUGCCCAAAAACGGUUCUUACAGACCUUCAUAUGAAGUGAUGCUGCGCUUCUAUAGCCUGUAUAAACAGGCAGUGUGUGGACCUUGUACAGUAUCUCGCCCGGGCUUCUGGGACCCUGUUGGUCGCUACAAGUGGGAUGCCUGGAAUCGGCUUGGAGAUAUGAGCCGUGAGACUGCCAUGGCUGCCUAUGUUGAUGAGAUGAAGAAAGUUGCACAAGAGGUUGUAGACAAUAUGCCCAUAAAUGAGAAGACAGCAUCUUUUUACCAUUAUUUUGAGCCACUCUACAAUGUCAUUCAUGAUCUACCAAGACCACCAGAGGCACUACUGAGUCUGAGACAAGAUAUAAAUGCAAAGGAAGCAACUGAAAAACCACUUAUGGUUGGUGCUAUACAAGAAGAAAUAACUCAAGAGCAAAACCAAAAGGUGGAUCUUGAGCCUGUCCUUAACAUCGUGCCUCCGAGUGAAAGUGCAGACUUGGCUCUGUCGGAUGGUCUGGUGUUGACUAGUGACUCUGAGAGCGAACUUUUCUGUGACUCAGUGGAGCAGCUGGACUACAUUAAGCCAGUUCCUAAGCCAUAUAGCGAGCAGAAUCUGCACGUGAACUACACACCUGCCCUUCAGGUGACCCAGCUAGGUGCUGGGCAGGGUGGAGAGGGGGGUGGGAAUGGACCACCACCAAGGAGGUGGGAACAAGGAAGAAACGGAAUGAGGCAUGGAUGGAGGGAGGCUCCUGGCAGUGUUCCAUACAGCAGCGGUAGACGAGCUGGGCAGCAGGCUUCAGGGGAAGGAGGAGGAGGAUACAACCCUGACAGAGGAUCUGAAAGACUUCAUGACACACAGGUGCAAGAGCAGAUCAUACUGGCACUACAGAGGCUCAGAGAGGACAUGCAGAGCGUGAUGGAGCGGCUGGAGGUGGUCGAGGGCUUGGCUGUGGCUAAUGCUCAGAAUUCACAGUGGAGACAGAUGCAGUUAACAUCUCAGACUGAGGUGGAGAAAUGGUGGCCAUUUGAUGUAUCUGGCCAAACUCUGCUGCUGCUUCUGAUCUGGCCUUUCAUCGCUCAGGGAAUGAUAUUCUGGAUACGGCAGAGGAAGAAAUAACCUCAAAAUCUCACGUCUAUAAUAUGAAUGUAUCUUGUGUAAGGAGAUCAGAAUACAUAAAGAUCAAUAUGUUAUUUUAGGGUGAGGUAUACUUGCCUGAAGAAAACAGGGAUGCUUUUAAAAUAGUUUAUUUCAAAAUGAACCACCUAAUGAGUUGGCAGAUCCUUUUGAAAUAAACUCUGGAAAAUGUAUACAGUCUGUAGGAAUUCUCUGUUUUCUCUGAGGAUAUCAUUGACUUUUUUAUUUUAGCACCUGUUGGUGCAUUUAAACUAAAUCUUUUACAUGGGCAAAGUUGUACUAAAGGGCUGAAAUGAUGUCAUCAAACAUGAAGUAUAACUAAUGUGAAUCUUAUUGUUUGGCCUAACAUGUACAUAAUGCUUAUUGACUACAUCAUUUUAAAUGGGAUAAAUCAGUGUUGAUAAAACUUAGUUAGAUGUUAUACUGUACAGACUUUCUAAGCAUUUUAAACACUUUUUUUGUCUGAAAGUCAUUAAGGGGGCAAAAUAAACACACCAGCAUAACCUGUGCUCCUAAUCAGGAAAGCCUUAAAUUACAUGUAUGGCCUUCAUGUGGAUUUCAGAAUGGGAUCAAAUAUCAGAGCUAACUUAAUGCACACUACAAUAUAACAGUGAGAAAUGCUCAAGAAAUGUUUUAUUGCAUAACUCCUGUAUUCAUUAAUGCAUGUAUUAAUACUAACAAAACAGGAUGGUAUUAUUUAUUGCAAACACAAUAUGAAUCUUUUAAAGAAAAAAGAUAUGUAUUUGGAUGAGAGUGAUGAGUUUUUAUUUGCUCUUGUAACAUUUUACAACAGUUUUGUACAGAUCCGGUUGAUUACACUGUUUUUGUUUUGAUGCUCCAGCUUGUAAUAUAUCUUACACUCCAUCCAAAUACUGUCAUAAACAAUGCAUUAUGCAGACA